GAGCAAAUAAGUGCCAGACGGAAGUAGCACGAAGUCAGCUUGCUGCUUUCGAUUUCGCAUAGAGAUAUUUCCUUCUUUUACGUGUUUAUAUUAAUGCUGGAAAUCAUGGGUUGACUUUACUUUCUCAUUCAGCGUAUCACUGUGUAGCGUGCACGUAAAAUAAUGAAGAUUGACACUACUUUCUUCAUGUCUCUUGGAUUUCCCAUUGCUGUUUAUUUCCCGGUUUAUUUUCUCCAUAAAUUCUCCAGAUUCCUCAAGGUAAGCUAUGAACAACGAUCCCAUAUUGCACAUAUCAACUUUUUAACAUUUCUGAAGAUAAGGGCGUCAUCUUCAAUCCACUACGUUUAGUCUUAGUUUGAAAUAGAUUCUUGAGCAUUUUUGAAAACAGCACGGUGAAAGCAUCAAUAAUUUAUUGUAAUGGACCCUAAAAAUUUCGCUGUGGCUAUAUGGCCGGUAACCGGUCAAGGUUUUCAAAAUACUAAAUGGCCGGCAGUCCUGUCUUUUCAUCAGAUUUCACAAAUCGAACAAAUCCAGCUAAACCAAACUAUCAUACGUCGAUUAAGAAAACUCAAGCAAUCCUGAAAUGCUUUAUAGAUCUCAAAAAUAGCGUUUGGUUCACGCUGGGCUCAGAAGACGAAAGCAUGGUUUGACACUUUCUUCAGUUCGACUGCUGGUCAAGGUUUUCAAAACACUAAAUGACCGGCAGUCCUAUAUUUUCAUUUUCUGAGCCCAGCGUAAACCAAACGCUAGACUGACUUUUCUUUAUUGACAUUUGACGGUUUAGUUUAGCUGGAUUUUUUCGAUUUUUGAAAUCUAUGGAGAAUAUAGGACUGCCGGUCAUUUAGUGUUUUCAAUAGGGACCUUAAGCAUCACGUUUUUCAUGGGGUCAUGUUUGCAGUUUGCAGUUCACGUUUGAACCGCGGGAAGGGCUUCCAGCAGUAAGUGAUUUAUGGCAAGGUUUUUUGCCACAAAGAAUUGUACAGCCUCGCGUUUAAAGGUAUGAACUAGCUUUUUAUAUCCGUUUGCGAUGUGUUUGUUGGAUUUUUGAUCUCGAAUCAAUGAAUUAUUGCUGAGUUUUGGGCGUUUAAAGUUAUGCACUUCGACUUGAUGAAAACAACAUGGCGGCUCUAAACAUUGAACGCGUAGUUCAAAUCAAUUUUAUAUUCGUUUCUGCCGUACUAACAAAGGAAAGUAUUCUGUUCCAAUCCAGUGUUACAUUUUUUUUCUAUCUUGUUACUGAAUUCAUAACUUAACUCAGUCUCUGUUUAGUUCCUAUUUUUAAAGUAUCACUCUGUGAAUUUUCGUUUUAUUUUGCUUAUUUCUUUGAGACUGGGGAGCCCAGGCUUCAUAAAGCCUUCCCGUUUCUUCUGGGCUCCCCUGCAACCUUACAAUUUCUAUAUGUAUUCUUGUAUUGUAUUAUAUUUUGCCUAAAUAAUAAUGAACUGAACUGAACUGAACGCCUUGCUAAAGUUUGAAAUCUCGGCAACGCAAAACUGCAAGGUAGUGGUGCGUAAGGGAAAGAUUUAACGACACUUGAAAAAUUUCAGACUUUACAAGGAAAAUUUACAGGUUACCUAAUUUUAAUAUGCUCUUUCAGCUCGUGCUAACAAAAUUUUCCAAAAGCGAACUGUUUUCAUGUUUACCAAAAGUUGGUCACAUGAUCAAAUAAUGCAAUAGGCCUAUUGUGUACGUGAAUCAUCUUGCUGAAAAGAAUAGACUGUAUUUAACGAUACAAAAAAUUUAUAUUACAAUCAAUGGGUUAUUCCAGAAGAAAUCCACACCCCCACAAGGGAAGGCAUGCUGAAAAAUUCUCACAGGAGGGGCGGUUAACAGCUCUGGAAAUUCAGACGGGAGGGGGUCUUGGAACGUAAAGAUACAUCCUCGGGGGUUACUUUCAAUUUUACUGAUGUUUCAAUUGCUUCAAUUGAUAAAAAAAAAUAUUUGUUUGCGUUUUCCAAUUUUAUUAUUCUUUCAAACUACAGACCUCUUACCACAUUUAUUUUAAGUUUCCACCCAUAGGCUCACCUUUGUUACUUUUGUCUGCUUUUGUAGAAGUGACUUGUGAUAACUUGAAGAUAUCAAGAAAAAUCACAUAAUUCAUAAAAAAGCGCUCAAUUCAAGUAAAGCAAACAAUGAUUUUUACCUUGAAUUAAGCAUUUUUCCAAGGUCAAUGCUAUUUCAGGGUGAUUUACCACUAAACACGCCUUGCAAGUACGUAAGCAUGAUUGUUCGUGAUUGUUCGGUGACCAUUUUAAAAGGCAAGUGGUGUAGCUAGCGGUAUAGCACGUUAUGUAAUAUCCCACUAAGUGUCCGUUUUCUUCUUUCGCAGUCAUUUUUUUCACGUAUCGACAAAGAAGAGAACCUUUUAUUCGGGUACAUAGUUAGUUUUGCGCAUAUAUUGCUGUGUAUUUUGCCUGGCCUAGGAAAAAAGAGACGUUCAUUCAAUUGUGAGCUUAUUUGCCAAAAAGUGUAAGCCUAUUUAAGAAGAUGUGAAAAUGUAAUGUUAACUUUCACAACAAACACAGAAUUUACAAAAAUUGAUACUUAUUUGAUAAGAAGAUCAUCCAACUGCCUAAAACAAUUAAUCUUCUUCAUUAAGUGUAAAUUAAAAUUAUGGUGUCUAACAAUUUUAUGGAAAUCUAGAUGGGUAGGGGGGUCUUUGAACUUGGAAAUCCUGAGGAGGGGGGCUCAAGCAGUUUUGGAAAUUUAAGUGGAAGAGGAGGGGGGGUCAAGAAACCCAAUGUAUAAUGCACCCAUCAAUGUAAACCCUGUGGGGAGGGGGAGUGCGGGCAAGGGGUGGGAAUUUGACAAAUUUUAAAACUUUUUGAUCAAAUUCCCCAGGGUGGGAAACGAAAGGUCAAUCAAAAGUGUCAAAAAAGCCCCCAACCCAGGGGAAAAAUCUAAACAAACAAUACUAUAAUACUAUAUAAAACAAAUCAAAGAACAUUUCAAAAGUACGUUCUUACUACUUUUAUUUAAGUUUAAUGUAAGUUCCAUUAAAUUACUCGCUGUAAUUAAGUAUUUUCUCUCUCCACUAGCAUCUCUUAUUUUGAACAACAUAAUCGCUCCAGGAAGAUUGACCGUGCUAUUAUAUUAAUGAAACGUAAAAAUAAUGCUUUAUAACAUCUGCUCAACAUGUCGGAACAGGUCGGAUCAGUGGCCCGUAAAAAAUCCUCUGACUUUCAUGGUAAAAUUCGAUUUCAAUCGAGGUUUACAAUCAGAUGGGAACUUGAAGAUAAAAACUUUCUCAAAAUAGCCAUUAUCUGUUUAGAUGACAGUGUAAAGUAUCGGAUUAUGGCGAUUAAAACAAAUGAAAACUUCAUACCUUUCUCCAACAGCAUGACUUUCAGAAAGACUCGAGGGACGGACUUGGUAACCGCUUCUGAAUUGAUACCAGGCUUCUAUUGGUCAAAGUCAAAUGUCCCAACCCCGGGGUCGCUUUGCACGAUCAAAAGCCUGGCAGGGGGAUAGUCUCAGGCAUCAAAUCCCUCCCUUGCCCGCCUCCCGCCAUGGGAUUUACAUUGAUAGGUGCAUAAUAUCUAAUCACAUGUAUUUUUUCUUUUUUAGUGUCCUAAUAUUGUUCAUGGCUCAAUCAGGAGCACGCAUGCCCAUAAAGAUAAAUAACAGAUUAUAAGGUAAAAGUAAAAAGAGUAUGUGCAUAUAACUUUUUUUUACAUAAUGUAAUUCUUCCUGUUCUGAAUUUCUCAUCAUGAAAUCGCAAUUCGAUAUUUUAAAAGUAGCACAAAAUUCCGAAAACAAGCCCCGGGGCUUAUGUUUUUCAAAGGCCCUUUUUGAGGGGCUUAUUUUUGGAGGGGCUUAUAUUUGGAGGGGCUCAUCUAUGGAGGGAAAUUUGCGCUUCAAAAUCGAUUGGGCUAGUCUUAUAGUUGGAAGGAAAUUUACCAUUUUUGCUUUGUUUUACUUUGUAUUUGAGAGCAAUUUCCAAGUACCAGCCCCUGGGGGGAGCUUAUAUUUGGAGGGGCGAAUUAAUGGAGGGUUUUUUGCAUUACGAGUUUGGGGAGCUUAUAUUUGGAGGGGCUUAUUUUCAGAACUUUACUGUAUGCUGGUUUUAUAGUAGUUGAAUGGUUGAUCUGUACAAAUGUGUUUACAUCAAUGCACAUUAUAUUUUAAAAAAAUGUCAUGUAGUUCUGCUGGGGCGCUGCAGGGCUUGUAUAGAGUCAACAUUUUUUCACCCAUUUCAAUUGUAUGAGCCUUAUUAAAUUAUGAACAUCAAAAACAAUGCUUAAUAUGUGAAACUUCAAUCCGUCUGUCUUUAUUGGCUGAAUCACCUCAGAGACAAAAUUAAUAAUAUAAUGCUAAUGGACAGAGUCAGAAGAAGAGAUGCUAAAACUCAGAACCAAAAAAUUACAAAUUAUCUGUUUAUAUUAAAUACAGGUCAUCUGAUAUUAUGCGAUGGUGUGAUUUCGCACAAUUGACCUCAAAUUGCAUCCAAUCGCACAAUUUGAGGAAAAUCACAUAAUUCGUAAAAAAAAAUGCUGAAUUCAAGUAAAGUAAACAAUGAAUUCUAACUUUAAUUAAACAUUUUCCCAAUCUUAAUGUUAUUUAAGGUGAUUUACCACUAAGGAAAGUCUGCAAGACAUCUGAAACCUUCGAUCGCGGUAUCUUGGCAGCCAUUUUGGGCGCUUUCCAUUUACUCAAAAUUUCCGGAAUUUCCAGUUCGGCGGUAAAUGGAACACAUUUCGUCGGUUCGUCCCACUGGAAAAUUCCCAGAAAAAGUGGAAAAUCUAAAAAGGUGGUCCCGUUUUCCCGGGUGGAAUUUCCGAACGGAAUCUCGUGUUCCAUUUACGUUUCUCGUAGUUUGUACCAGUUCCAGGUCCACGGUCGGGCACCUCCACGUACCGGGGUUUACGACCAAAUGGAACAACUUUUUACCAAUCGGAAAUUCCACUUUUGCUACCACCGAAAUUUCCGGGUUUUUUUCCUAAAUGGAAAGCGCCCUUUGACUUUAGAGAUGAGCAGUGUGGUCAGCGGUGUAAUGGCAUCAUGUAAUAUUAAGCAAGUGUCCUUUUUUUUUCCGGGUCAAAAUAAUCGAACAAAUUUAACUAUUUUGUUUUAAAAUAGAUGUUUUAUUAUUCCUUUACAUUCAAAUUGCUUGUUAAACAACAUUAAAGUGGUUUUUCUCCUUUGAAACCGUGUAAAACAAUGUAAAAUCGCCCUGAAAAAAUCACAUAAUUUAUCGCAUAAUCGUCCUAUCUUAUCGCACAAUCUACCCUGAAAAUAUCGCACAAUUUCUGAUUUUUUAUUGCAUCUUAUCAGAUGGCCUGUAAAUAUAUUUAUAUAAUUACCACAGGCUUAAAUUAGGACAAUCAUUAAAGCAAACUGUGUCAAUAUAUUUAGCAUGAUAUGGUAGUACUAAAAUAAUGCUCAGAUUUCUAACUUAUGAGACUAGACUGCCAAUUUAUACAUGGUCACUUGAGCCACCCGAAAGUCUAGCUAUUUGCAGGGCAAAGGCAGUACAUGUACUGUACCUUCAUUUCUUAGUUAUUUUGAGACCCUGAUUAUUGGUCCAGUUCUGGAGAUUGAACCCAUGACCUCCCAUUCUGCAGUCGAGCACUCUGCUGAUUGAGGUUAAGUCCUGUGGCGGUUGAGGUUAACAAGGCCCUUCCUCUUAAAAGACAUUUUUAAAAAUUGAGCCUAUCAUCAGUGCAUUAUUUCUUUUAUAUUAGCCCACGUAAUAAUCAUUCCCCUGACUUUCAACUUUCACAUUCUCUAUCUCCCCAAUCUAACGCAGCAUGUGGGAAGACACUUAGGAAGCAACAUUUAUCACGUCCCAGUUGAGGGUAAGGAGGGGGUUGGAGAGGGCAAAGGGGUAUGAUUUUCAAAAAGGUUAAUUUGGGGGAGGGGGGGGCAGGGGUCAAUUUUGAAAAUGCAAAAAACGAGAGGGGGUUGAAAUUGUAAGAUACAAGACUUACAUGUAACAUUCUCUGUAAAAGUUGUCAACAAACUAUAUUAUCAUUGAAGCAAAUCCACGUUUCCUUCAAGAGUACUGGCUGUAAAAAAAUAUUCACUCGAAGGGUUCCUUGCCAGCAGCAAAAUUGUUCAUCUGUAGAUUAUUAUUGUGCCCACUUUACUGUAUUAUGCAAAAAAACCUGUGGGGCUACCCCUCAUGCAUCUGCCAGUAGCCAUCACAUUGACUGCUAUGUAACCAAGCUUGGCCUAGGACCCUAUAAACUAUUUCUAAACAAGUAUCUGCUAAUAAAUUUUUGCUUAUGAAGUCAAUGCAGCCUAUUGGAAAGAAAGGAGAGACAAACGGAUUAUCUUAAAACGUGGUCUAGGAGGGGUUUAGGGGAGGGGCUGCAAUUUUCAUAGGAAAUUAUUUGGGGGGGGUUAGUUUUGAUGAUACACUACAAACCUCCCCAAACGUGGAGAUUUCAAAAACAUUGGUCUAAUGAAACCAAAAAGUAAAAGGCAGAAUAUUCUGUCAUAGUAUUCUUUUCCUUAAUUGUUUUACGAUAUUUGCAAUGGCUGCUUCAGCUGCUGAUUUUUUUUUUCUUCUGAAGCUGGGAGGCCCUGAAGUCUCUAAGUUAGUUUGAGAUUUUGUUUCACUAAUCCUCGUUGAUAGGACAUUUGAAUUUGCUAUAAGGCUUAGCUAAUCCUAUAUUUCAAGGGAAUGAGAUUGGAACAAUAAUAUUGGACCCUGAGUUUUUCCUCUGAAAAUUAGAUUGAUACAAUUUAUAUAGCUAGUUUGAAGACGGAUGUUUUGAAAUUACGUGACUCCUACCAGAAUUUUCUGGCAACUUUAAGAUCUUCUGAUUCACCAUGAGAUUUGAAGGCUAAAUUGUGAGUCCAUUUUUUUUUUUUUGUUUUUUUACUUUUCAAACUUUUAUUGAAUACUGCACAGCGUUACAAGACUAAUGUUACAUGACAUUGCAUGAUAUUACAUUAAAAUAAAUUACAAAUACAUUAACGAACUUUAAACGGUAAAGUAACUAUACAAAAAAGAAAAGUAUGUUCUAAGUACAGACGGCACUAGGGUACCGAGUCUAAAGGCAGAGCCCACUUCUUAUUAAAUUUGUCCAUUUUAUUAGUUUUAACACAUAUAUACUUUUCCUUGGAUGAAAAGGCAGUUAUGACUGGAAGAGUCUGAUUUCUCCUACAACCCCAUAAGUAUAGUUUAGCAAUCAGUAUCAAAUAAUUCAGUAAAGGGCAAUUUGUAUAUAAUAUUCCUGUAAUAACAUCUUGUAAGGUCAGGCAGAUGAAUUCUCUUGUCAAUGUGUAAUAGUAAUAUUGAAAUUCCUUCCAAAACUGCUUGGUGUGUCUACAUUCGAAAAAGAUGUGGUAAAGGGAUUCCGAAUCCGUUUUGCAUAGUGAACAUUUAUUAUCUUGAAUAUAACCUAUUUUGCAUAACUUUUUAUUGGUAAAUAAAAUUGAAUUAAGGACUUCGUAUUGAAAAGCUUUUAGAUAAGGUGCAAAUGCUACCUCAUGUGGAAGAGGGAAUACUUUUUUCAGCUGGUCUUGGGUUAGAUUGAAAUUGUGAGUCCAUGAGUUGACAGCCCAAACCGUGAGUCUCACAGUCAAACCGUGAGAGUUAAAAGGUCUGGGAUAAACUUCAUUGCAAGCUUAAUUUCUCAGACUUGAAAGUUAGCUGAUAAAAGGUUUCCAGAAAAAAAUAAAGGCAUUAAAAGGGAAAUAAAAACAAAAUUUAUUUGUUCACAUGGUUUAAAUUGAAGUUUAUUAUUUCAGUCAUGAUUGUGUCUCUGAAUUUUUCUCAUUCAACUGGAAUCUGCUGAUGUUCAUUAAUUUUCAUGACUUUUUCUGGCUUAAUUCAAUCAAUUGAAAGCAUUUGGAUGUGCAAUGUAACAUUCUUUGUUGGCAACUUGUUUUGAUUUUUUUUUUUUUGACAGAAAAUUUGUUUUCCAAAAUUUUAUAAGCCAAAAACAAGAGAGUAAUUUAAACAUCACGUGUGCCGCGAAUGGCGAAGUUGGCCUUGUGCCUAAAAGAUUUUAGGGAGUAAAACUGUCCUUCUUCAGGUUCCAUCCACCAAAAUGUAUUGGUCAGGUCGGCAAUAUUCUACAUUAUUGUUAAUUUUAUUUUAAAUGCACUCUGCUAACUGUUAGUGAAUUUCACGUAUUAAGUUAAGACUGGUUUGUUCAUUUAUUCAUGGAGUCACAGUGGGUUCAAUUUCUUCAGGACGCACAGAUAACCAAAUUAUCUUACCCAUGGUUCUAACCUUUCUGUGUUAAUUCUUUGUUUCUUUCAGAUUACAUGAUCCUUCUUUGUGAUGGAUAAUCUCGUCAAAGUUACAUUGAGGUCUCAGACCAUAUUCAGUGGCUUUCUUUUUUUGUUCUCUGUGACUUCCUGGUCCACUGUCAUUAAUCAACUUAAAGACUAUGAAGGCAGAGACAGGCUGCAAUUCAACUGUAUGCCGGAAGAAAUUAAAUUCAAAACACAGCGUUGUUAUAACAAUUACACUUCUGCCAUGAGUUCACACCUAACACCGUUGGGAUUUGCUGGUAUUACCUUUGGUGUGUCAGGAUUUGGCUGGCUGUUUGUUACUCUGCUAGGUGUCGAGAUGUGGCGACGCAUCCGCAAAGAGGCAAAUAUAGAGAGACAAAAAAAGUUGGAGAGACUAUUUUUUUGGGUGUUUAUUUUUCACAUCUGCGGUCAGUUUGUCCUUCUAGUUGUUAUGAUCGGACUGUUCUUGCGUUACCAGAAACUUAAAUAUCCUGCGGAGUAUAGUUGUUUUUCAGCAAACACAACGCUCACAUGCAACGACUUACGAUACAAAGAGAAAUCAAACCUCAACAUUGCUAUUAUUGUGGUCUUUUCAGUAUCCAUUGUAUUCUGUUUAUUGACCAUAAUUCAUUUAGCAUUAUCAAAGGAUGAACUAUCAAAGCUAUUGCUAGGAAAUAUUGAAGAAGACCAUAAUGGGGAGGAGAACAUACCUUUACAAGGUGAGUUACUACAAUGCUAUCGACAUUAUAUUAGUCCUCAAUGCUGCCUCACUCACUAAAGAGCACCUUCCUUGAAAUUAUUUUGAUCAAGCAAGGGACCUAUUAAACUGUAGUUGUCUUUAUAGUUACCAGUUACCAUUUUUAGCUUAGCUUUUAGUAAGCUUUAGCAUCAAUGAUUGAAAAGAAAAUGUCGAAAUUUUAAAUAACUCCUCUGUCUGAGAAGAAACACAGAGCUUUAUUUGCCUCUGUCAACUCACCAUGAAGGAAAAAGCUUUUUUUUGUCAGUUCUUGCAAAUGCUGUCAACAGCGUCGGGCUACAAUCGAGGUGAGCUUUGUUUAUCUGCAGUGUUCUUUGCCAUGUUAAAUUGCUGGCACGUGCAGUUUUCGAAAUUAUUUGCUUUACUUUUUUUCUCCUUAAAUUUACUUCUACUUCUACUCAAAAUUGGUCUUGUGAUGAAAUCCCGAGUUCACAAAACAGUUAAACAAAGCAGCCUCGUUUUCCUCUGUAGUGGUAAAAACAUUGCUUUGAGCGUAUGAAAGUCAAGUACAGUAAAUCACUUCACAAUAAAUCACGCUGUUUAAACACCAUGGAAGUCUUUUCUGACCUUCAAAAUCAUCGCCACUGGGAUAUUCUUGUAUUUUCAAAAAGUUCUUACUCGACUGAAACUUCAUGGUCGCGAUUUUGUUUUGCUUUAUAUAUAUUCACCGCCUAGUGCUUUGAAUAUCUAAGCAAUGUCCACCCUUUCUAUGGGUUUACCGGCGUGAUAAUCCGCACGCGGGAUGUUGGGAGAACACGAGAAAAGCUUGUAAAUCAUGAGCGAAGGCAAGUGAUUUCAAGCUGUUCUCCCAACAUCCCGCGUGGGUUAUCACGCCGGUAAACCCAUAGAAAGUGUGGCGUAUUGCUUUCAUAAAAUAACUUUAAGUUUUCUAUGAGUUUACCAGCACAAUAAACUGUAGGUUUUUAACCAAUCAGAAUGCGCGUACUAUCUUAGUUAUUUUAAAUGUCAUAGUCCGAGAUCAGAUUGCUUGAAUCACGAGAUCACUCAGUGUGUAUAUACUAAUAAGUCAUAUAAGCAGCAACGAUUGACAUUAAUUAUACCCACGUAUAAUUAUAAUAUACUUUGAAGUAAACAUUGAUUGUCAUCAACAUUAACUGCAUGUUGUUAAGCUUUGUUAGCAAUUGAAUAAAAAACUAUUUAACUCAGUCAGAAAUUUUCAGUCCUUUGAAAGACUGCUUUCACUAAACAAGUCAUGAAAUUUUCCCUUGACGUUUUACCUAUAGAUUAACACAUUUAUAAGAAAUUAUGAUAUUGCAAUUGCUGUUGUUUGGUAAACUGACUGACUUUAUGACAUGCACUAGGUCUACCAGCCUACCUUGCAUAUUCAUUAAAAUGCAAAAAUAAAAGUUUGGUACUAAAAAUGUUCUGAUACCUGCAUAUGUUUUUUUCACUAAUCCCCCUCAACGUCAGCGAACUGAGUGACUUCUAAAUUUUCAGUCUUCUAAAUUUAUUCUUGUUACUGUUACAGAUGUUGUUUCAAAACAAGAGUCUGCUGAUAGAGAUCACUCAAAAACAGCAGGUAAAGAAAUAGGUUAUAGUCUGUGA